GAGCUGCGUGGAUGGAGGCGCCGGCCAUCGGCCCUGACAGUCAGCAUCCAGAGCGGGACUCCUGCAACACCCCUUUCAGGGAUCCAGGACAGUCUAGUGCCUGCAGUGCUGCCCAAAGGCAGAGGGCCCUCCCUCCGUCUCCUUCCCGGCAUCUAAGGAAGCACAGUCUCCCCUUAAACUCCUCUGCAGUCCCCUUGCCCUGUACUCUGGUCCACUGCGCAGGAUCUCCAGGCUCAUCUGCUAUCAGAGCCCCUGGAUCUAACUCUUGCAUUCUCCAUGUAUCCUGGUUGUAUCCAUCACUAGUUGUGCGCAGGCCACAGCAACCCAGGGGCAGCCCCCCAGCCCUCACAGGGCACAUUGCUGUCCUCUGGACUUUGGCUGCUUGUGACUUGAAAGUGGGAGGUGGAGUCAGGAGUCUCAUCUUAAAAGUAGCUUGCUCAUCAGGGGUGUGGCUGGGUCUGUCCUGAGCACUUGGGCCUACAAAACAGAGCUGUGGUGCUGGGGCCUGGUAUCUCCCUCUUGGGGGCAGGGAGGGACUUGUCUGAAGCUGCCUGGCCCAGGGUGAUCCAGCCAGGAAUACCCUGCCCUGUGAGUACCUGCUGUAAUUGGUCAGGUUCCAGGGUAGGGUGGGCUUGCCAGGCUUUGGAGCUACAUCCUGUGCUGCUCUGAAGCACUUGAGACAUGCUGGAGUCUUGGGAUGUGUGGAAUGGUCUGAGCUGUCCACUGUAAGUGGGCAGCUUCUGGUCACCCUGUGCCUUGCUGCUGUUCUUGCAGGCAAAUGUGGUGUGUGUGGUGUACGAUGUGUCUAAUGAGACCACGAUUGAGAAGAUACGAACCAAGUGGAUUCCACUGGUGAAUGGGAGAACUGAGAGGGGGCCCAGGCUGCCCAUCAUCCUGGUAGGCAACAAGGUGGACCUACGGUCAGGAAGCACCAUGGAAGCUGUGCUACCCAUCAUGAGCCAGUUUCCUGAGAUAGAGACCUGUGUGGAGUGUUCUGCCAAACAUCUGAAGAACAUCUCAGAGCUGUUCUACUAUGCCCAGAAGGCCGUUCUACAUCCUACAGCCCCCCUGUAUGACCCUGAGACCAAGCAGCUGAAGCCUGCGUGCACCCAGGCCCUCACUCGAAUCUUCAGGCUCUCCGACCAGGACCUGGACCAGGCACUGAGCGAUGAGGAGCUCAGUGCUUUCCAGAAGUCCUGCUUUGGCCACCCUCUGGCCCCACAGGCCCUGGAAGAUGUAAAGAGGGUGGUGUGCAAGAAUGUGGUGGGCGGCGUGCAGGACAACAGACUAACCCUGGAUGGCUUCCUCUUCCUGAACACACUCUUCAUCCAGCGUGGUCGGCACGAGACCACAUGGACUAUUCUGCGACGCUUUGGCUACAGUGACUCACUUGAGCUGACAGCAGACUACCUCUGCCCACGGCUCCAUGUACCCCCUGGUUGCAGCACUGAGCUUAACCACCGCGGCUACCAGUUUCUGCAGCAGGUGUUUGAGAAGCAUGACCAGGACCAUGAUGGCGCCCUCUCACCCUUGGAGCUGCAAAACCUCUUCAGUGUGUUCCCAGUGGCCCCCUGGGGCCCUGAACUCCCACGCACUGUCCGCACUGACACCAGCCGGCUACCCCUGCAUGGUUUCCUCUGCCAGUGGACCCUAGUGACCUACCUGGAUGUCCAGCGCUGCCUCGAGCACCUUGGCUACCUAGGCUACCCCACCCUCUGUGAGCAGGACUCCCAGGCACAAGCCAUCACAGUCACUCGUGAGAAGAGGCUGGAUGAGGAGAAGGGGCAGACCCAGCGGAAUGUCCUCAUGUGCAAGGUGGUAGGGGCCCGAGGAGUGGGCAAGUCUUCCUUCUUGCAGGCCUUUCUUGGCCACAGCCUGAGGGACACCAGGGCAUCCCCUGGGGAGGCUCCCAUCCACGUUAUCAAUACAGUGCUGGUCAGUGGACAAGAGAAGUACCUGAUUCUAUGUGAGGUGGAUGUGGACAGCAUGUUGGCCACUUCCCUGGACACCGCCUGUGAUGUUGCCUGCCUGAUGUUUGAUGGCAGCAAUCCUGCAUCCUUUGCAUUCUGCGCCACCGUGUACAAGCGCCAUUACAUGGAUGGCCAGACCCCUUGCCUCUUUGUGUCGUCCAAGGCCGACCUGCCUGCAGGUGUCGCCCCACCAGGCCUGUCACCUGGGGAGUUCUGUCGCAGGCACCGGCUGCCUGCCCCCACCCCAUUCUCCUGCAGCGGCCUGGCCCAGCCCAGCACUGAUAUCUUCACUCAACUGGCCACCAUGGCUGCCUUUCCGUGGACACCUGGUGCACACAGAGCUGCGCCCCACCUCCACCUGGCUCCGGGGAAUGCUGGUGGCUGUUGGGGCCACCGUGGCUGCAGUCCUCAGCUUCUCACUCUAUAGAAUCCUGGUGAAGAGCAGAUGAUGCCUCUCAGCCCCCUCUCCUGACCUAGUGGGGCCCCACAGGGGCAGUCUGAUGCAGGCUUUCAGCCUCACAGCAUGACUAUGAGCCCCUGGGGCACUGCUGUGGUGCCCCUGCAUCCCCUGCCCUUUCCUCAGGCCCCUCCUCAGGGCUGGGUGUGCCCCCAGCACUGCCUCACGAAAGCUCUACCCAGACUGCCUGGCUGAGCUGUGCUGAGAACCUGGGCUUGUGACCCAGAAGCUCCACUGCCUGGCCUGAGGGCUCCAUGGCAGAUGUUCCUGGUGGGAGGCCCUUUCCUCACCUUUGUGGGUAUUGGGUAAGGUGACCAUUGACCCUAGACCCAGAAUUCUUACGGCUCUCCCUUGCUUCUGGUGUCAGUGGGUAUGCAGGGGCCAGUAAGUGGCUAGGCUGUUGUGCAACCCCACCUUCCCAUCCAGUUUGAAGCCUUGUCCGUGGCAGAAGACAUGAGGUUGGAUUUCCUGAUUAAACCUCACUUGUUUUUUUCCUCUCUGGGA